GCGUGCCCUCUUGGCUCAUGUCAGAGUCACGUGACCGGUGAGUUGUAGGUCAUAUAAAAGAUUGGAGUGUGUGCCUCCGGCAGCGUUCCAUAGUGUGUCCUCGUCCUUUCGGCGCGUGCGGACUCACUUGCUCAUCCGGCCAGAUCGUACACGAUGAAGGCUGCAGCAGUGCUGAUUGUGCUAGUGCUAAUGAGUGCUGUAUCCUGCGACAUCUACGACGACUAUGGCGUGUGUCUGUUUGAUGAGAACCUGUGUAAGGACCUGCACACCAUCUGCGUGGAUAAACCACAUAUGACACUAAGAAAGAUAAGAGAAUGUGCACGGGAGCGCACCCUGUGUAUUGAAGGUCUCCCGACUGAAUGCAAGGACCUGACCCCCACGGAGUUCACCACAGUCCUGCCAGGGAGGAAUCCCUUCCUGGGGUUUCAAGACGAGCACUACUCCCCAGAGCAUGACGAAAGCGAAGAGUAGUUUCCAGAACCUCGACUUAGCUUAGCAGAAGAUAAUCUUACAAUUAGAAAAAAAAAAUGGCUGCAGAAGGGAACUAACUCUUCCAGUAGCUUACUGCGGUUUUGGUCUCAAAUGUGUUGUUGUUAAAUGGGAAAUAUAUUAUAGUUCAUGCU